CGAGGUGUCACCACAUUGGGAUAAAGACACCAGGAGAAUCAUUUCUACCCCUCCCUUUUCCCUUUCACCAAAAUCUUACUACCCCCUCCUCCUCUUUCCAGACAAAGACCCCCCCCCCCACUUACAAACGACACUGUCCCUCAAUUCCUCUUCAGCGCCGAUCUUUCCGUCACUCAUUUCUAUAUAUAUCUAAUUCCUAUUUUGGGAUUUCUUCCCACCUUUACAUUUUGUAUCAAUUUUUGGAAUUAUUGCCCCUUCUUACCAGCUGAGGGAGUAUUUUAAUAAGAUUAUUUUUUACAAUCCGGUUUUCUGAUUCGAUCCCGUGACGGCCGCCGGGAGGGAGCAGGGGAGCGGCGGGGUGGGCAGGUGCACCUCGGACGCCAGGACACUGAGGAAAGGGACAAGAAGGCUAGAGAGACGCAACCGAAAAUCAACAGGAGCCAAUCUACGUUCCCUAAGCAUGGUGACUCAGAUAAUCAGCACCAUGGAGACCCAGGCCAAUAAUGGGCCAGGAUGUGUAGGUAUCCUCAAUGGCACCAACGGGGAAGCCGAUGACAGCAAAACCAACCUGAUCGUUAACUACCUCCCUCAGAACAUGACCCAGGAGGAAUUUAAGAGCCUGUUUGGCAGCAUAGGAGAGAUUGAGUCCUGCAAGCUGGUCAGGGACAAAAUCACAGGUCAGAGCUUGGGGUACGGAUUUGUAAAUUACGUGGACCCAAAUGAUGCAGAUAAAGCAAUAAACACCCUUAAUGGGCUGAAAUUACAGACAAAGACCAUCAAGGUCUCCUAUGCUCGUCCCAGCUCUGCCUCCAUCCGAGAUGCCAAUUUAUAUGUCAGUAGCCUUCCGAAAACUAUGAACCAGAAGGAGAUGGAGCAGCUCUUCUCUCAGUAUGGCAGAAUCAUCACAUCCCGUAUCCUGGUGGAUCAAGUGACAGGUGUUUCUCGAGGUGUGGGCUUUAUCCGGUUUGAUAAGAGAAUAGAGGCAGAAGAGGCUAUUAAAGGCCUUAAUGGACAGAAACCACUUGGUGCCAGUGAACCAAUCACAGUGAAAUUUGCCAACAAUCCCAGUCAGAAAACAGGACAGGCGCUACUCACACACUUAUACCAAACUACAGCCCGGAGGUACACAGGACCCUUACACCAUCAGACUCAGAGAUUCAGGCUGGACUCUUUAAUAAACAUGGCGUAUGGUGUCAAAAGUCCGCUUUCUAUCCUCCCCAGGUUCUCACCCAUCACCAUAGACAGUGUUACCAACCUUGCCGGCGUCAGCCUUACUGGUCCCACCACUGCUGGUUGGUGCAUCUUUGUCUACAACUUGUCCCCCGAGGCAGAUGAGAGUGUCCUGUGGCAGCUGUUUGGACCAUUUGGAGCAGUGACAAACGUCAAAGUGAUCCGGGACUUCACAACCAACAAGUGCAAAGGUUUUGGAUUCGUCACCAUGACAAACUACGAUGAAGCUGCCAUGGCUAUCGCUAGCCUCAACGGAUACCGCCUGGGAGACCGGGUCCUGCAAGUGUCAUUCAAAACCAGUAAACAGCACAAAGCCUGAAGGGAAAUAUCAUAAGGAAAGGGAGUGAGAGGCAGGAGUGGAGAGAGAGAGAGAUAGAGGGAAGUGGAAGAUAGAGGAGCAAAUAUGGAGAGUCACCUCUAAGGCUGUGACCCAAAGCAAAGAGUCUGGCACAAGACACCAAGCUUAUAUCUUGUAGGAAUCAUGCAUGGAGUCUUGAUUUAGAAACCAGCUUCUUUGUGGUUCUGACACAGUCCCAAUUUCUGCGGCUGGAUAGGGGUAAUCCCAAAGUAGAAAUAAGAUCUUGACAUGGCUGUACAAUAAUGUUGUAUUACUCUCUCUCCGGCAGUGAACGGGUUAAUCUUCUGCCCUCUCAGACACCGAAAACCAUUAACCCAUCUGCUCCCGUGACUAUUUUCUGAGCUCCCUGCACCCCACUCUCUCCACCUCCCUAACUUCACGCUUUUACGUAAAGGAGAUUAUAAACAAAGAAAUGAGACGGGCGCAGCAGACAUUUAAGAAAUAAAAAAAAGAUAUAUUUUUAUAGAAAAUCAUUUAAAAAAAAUCCCGCGAGCAGUCAGAACCUUCAUACCUGUCCAAAAAUAAGAGAAGCCCACUGGGCACAAUUUGUGCUUUUAAUUCCCUAAUGUGGGUUCUGAAAUAAAAAAAAGAAAUAAAUAAAAGAAAUCCUAUUUUUUUACAGACAAGAAUAACCAAUGAACACUCAGCCCCAGUGGGAUUGUGCUGUUCAGUUCCAUCUUUCUCAGUAGGUUUCAUUCAGUCUCCAUUGCUUGUGUACAAGAGGCCUCCAUUUUAGGGAAUUAAAAGCCAGGAAACGAUUAUAUGUUUUAAAAAUGAGGGUAAACAAAAAUAGCAUGUAUUUUUAUUAAUAUUCUGUUUUCUUACUAAAUAUCGCACCAGGUUUUGGUGGAGGGGGGGAUAUUGGAAUAAAAAAAAUCUGGAUUCGAUUGAAGUUCAACGAUUAUCGCUCCAGCCCCACUUAUCCUGGGAAAUUUGGCUAAAAAAUUUGAAAAAGAAAAGAAACAAAAAUUUAAAGUAAAUUUGCAGCAAUUAAAUCUUCCAUUUGGUAAACAUAGAAGAUAUAUUUUUUAGGGAUUUCUUUUCUUAAAACAACAGACCCAUGAUCCCCCAAAAUGUAAAAGUGUUGUAUAGAAAUAUAUUUUAGACAAAAACUAAUAUAAGGUCUGCUUUGGACUAAAGCAAAAUUACUCUAAAAAUGAGACAGAAAUUAUUCCAGAAGCGCAGUCCUGAUUCUUUUAUAAUGAAAAUCAUUGAAAACUAUUUUUCUGCAAUGUUAAAAUACGAUGUGAUCCGAUUAGAAAUUGACUGAAUUUAUCAUUUUUGGUAACACAAAACACAAAACUUUCUGCCAAAUGCUGAACCAAAUCCAAAACCCUAAUUUGAAAAUUCACAUUUGAAAACAAUAAUGAAAACAUCUUAACGGAUAAUGCAAUCUGAUUAGGGAUGCACUGAAUUCAUAAUAUUCAGAUUUUGGCUGAUUACUGAAUUCUCCACAAACGUUUUUGCCGAAUACCCAACCAAAUCUAAACACUGAUUUAAAAAUUUGAAAAAAACAGGAUCAUCUGUGAUCAAAAUAUUGCCAUGUUCAGUUGUCCAUAUGGCUUUACAGGUUAAGAAUCAGUCAAGCUCAUUUUAAAGUUUAUUAAAAUUAAAUAACAUUUUUCUAAUUUACAAAAAAUGUUAACAUGUUUUUUUUCUAGAUUGCCAGCAAAAACUUGAUUCGAGAAAAACAGAAUCAUUUUAAAUUGUGUGAAAAAACUAGAUUGAACUAAAAUCACUUUCUGUUAUUCAUUUUCAACGACUCUAUAAUAACCUCUUUUGAAAUUUUAAUAUGGCUUGGCAUUUUGAAAAUAUAUUUUCAAAUCUAUUGGAGAUUGAUUUCUACAGAAACUUGCCAGGUUUUAUCCGAUGAAUUCUUAAAUUUGCGUUACUUUUUUAAAUUAGAUACAUCUUGAACAUUCGAAAUCAGAAAACUCUCAUUUAGAAAUAAGUGUGAUCAUAGUUUUUUCCUAGUUGAAUUGUGGAAAUAAACUACAAUAUUGAAUUCUAAUAAAUCAGCAUCUUAAAGGGAUACUGUCAUGGGAAAACAUGUUUUUUUCAAAACACAUCAGUU